AGAAGACUGUAUUUACUGCUUUUGUCUUACAGUUGCAUGAACGUGUAUAUAACUCGUGUAGCUAGUUAACUAGUUGGUUCAGGUAAAGUGUCGAUCUCGCUGGUCCCGUGUCAGCAGAGGGACAUGACACAGGGCGCUUGUCAGGCUUGUCAGUGUGGCAGAUAGGCGGGGAAAGAGAGAGAGCUCCGACUGAACGAUUAGCGACGCAGCGAGUUUGCCUGGUCCGCACAGCGGUUCAGGUGGAAAAGUGAGAAGUUUUGAGCCGAUUGAAAAGUAUCGAAAGCGACCCAUUGGGAUGUUUAUUUCGACGCAAAAUGAACGUCAAGACUUGAAGAACAGUGUGUCUCAUCUUUUCCGUGUUGCGGACAUGGGAUAUUCACGCGGAAACUGAAAAUGACCCAAGGAAAGCAAGAUAUUUGAUGCAGUAGUUGGAAAACCGAGAAUCCACCCACAUAUCAUCGCUGCCCCCGACGUGAUUCGCACCAUUAGUUGGAGAAUGGAUCCCUUCUCCAGGCCCAGCGGCGAGAUUCAGCGCAGGAACCCCCAGCACGACUUCGAGCUCAUUCAGAGAGUCGGGAGUGGGACAUACGGCGACGUGUAUAAGGCUCGUAACAUCUCCACAGGAGAGCUAGCAGCUGUAAAGAUCAUUAAAUUGGAGCCAGGAGAUGAUUUCUCAAUCAUCCAGCAGGAAAUUUUCAUGGUGAAAGAAUGCACUCAUCACAACAUAGUGGCCUACUUCGGUAGCUACCUCAGUCGAGAGAAGUUGUGGAUUUGUAUGGAAUACUGUGGAGGAGGCUCCCUGCAGGACAUCUACCAUGUUACAGGUCCUCUGUCUGAACUUCAGAUUGCAUAUGUGUGCAGAGAGACAUUACAGGGUCUGGGUUAUCUCCACUCUAAAGGAAAGAUGCACAGAGAUAUCAAGGGGGCGAAUAUUUUGCUCACUGACAACGGAGAUGUCAAACUAGCUGACUUUGGAGUUGCAGCAAAAAUAACAGCCACCAUCGCCAAGAGGAAAUCAUUCAUUGGCACCCCCUACUGGAUGGCACCUGAAGUGGCUGCAGUAGAGAAGAAUGGAGGUUACAAUCAGUUGUGUGACAUCUGGGCUGUAGGAAUUACAGCAAUAGAACUUGCUGAAUUACAGCCACCCAUGUUUGACUUGCACCCAAUGAGGGCUUUGUUCUUAAUGUCCAAAAGCAGCUUCCAGCCACCCAAAUUAAAGGACAAGAUUAAAUGGUCUACAGCCUUCCAAAACUUUGUUAAAGUUUCUCUUACCAAGAACCCGAAGAAAAGACCCACAGCAGAAAAACUGCUCACGCAUAUGUUUGUAGCUCAGACAGGUUUGACACGUAGACUUGCAGUGGAGCUGCUGGAUAAAAUGAAUAAUCCAGACAACCAUCCUCACUACACUGAGGGAGACGAGGAUGAUCUUGAGCCCCUGGCUGAGCGCCACACCAUCCGUUCAACCCACAACAAGAAUGCUCGGGCUGAGAGAACUCGCUCAGAGAUCAACUUUGAUAAGCUGCAGUUUGAGGCUCCACUCAGGAAGGAGACAGAAGCACACUCAGAAAUGGAUGUGACCAAAGAGAGUGAUUUCUCUUCCCAGUGGAGCCCUUUUGCUGAGGGAGGCAUCUCCAGCAGAAGCCUCCUGAAAAGCGUAGAGGAGGAGUUGUUCAUACGGGGACAUAUGGCUCCACUGGAAGAUGCCUUUGAGGAUGUGGAGAUAUCUACCCUGAAACACGGAGUGCCACCACCUCUGCCUCCCAAGCCACGUCUGAACAGCGCAUCUGAUGAGCUGGGCUUGAAUGAAGGAUCUUCGACAAUUAAGCGGUUCCCUGGCUCGGACAAUGGGCCUGCGCUGGAGCCACGCAGACAGAGCACACCAGAAAGAGGCAGUAGGGCCGAACACACACAGCCUGAUUACCUCUCUGCCAGUGUGAGCAGCCCUGGAUUGCUCUCGCAUGCCACAGAAAACGCUCCUUUUGUAUCCAAACCCAGAGAAGAAGACUCUGAGGAUGCUGUAAAUGGAGACGGUCCUAAAUCACCACCCAGCCGUCCACAGAGGAAAGAGAGAAAAGAGUUCCCUAAGCCAGCAAUAAAUGGCCUGCCACCUACACCUAAAGUCCUGAUGGGAGCGUGUUUCUCUAAAGUGUUUGACGGAUGUCCUCUCAAAAUUAACUGUGCCACUUCAUGGAUCCACCCAGAUACUAAGGAUCAGUACUUGAUCUUUGGGACGGAGGACGGGAUCUACACUCUGAACCUGAAUGAGUUACAUGAGGCCACCAUGGAGCAGUUGUUUCCACGGAGAUGUACCUGGCUCUACGUCAUAAAUAAUAACCUGAUGUCAUUAUCAGAAGGUAAAACCUUUCAGCUGUAUUCUCAUAACCUGAUUGGACUGUUCGAGCAGCUGAAAAAACCUGGACUUGCUGCACAGUUUCAAACACACAGAUUUCCUGACAAGAUACUACCCAGGAGAUUUGCUCUGACCACCAAAAUCCCUGACACAAAGGGCUGCCACAAGUGCUGCAUUGUGCGAAAUCCGUAUACAGGUCAUAAGUACCUGUGUGGAGCACUGCAGUAUGGCAUCGUUCUUCUACAGUGGUACGAACCCAUGCAGAGAUUCAUGCUUAUAAAGCACUUUGAUUUCCCGUUGCCAAGUCCUCUGCGUGUAUUUGAGAUGUUAGUGGUGCCAGAGCAGGAGUACCCCAUGGUGUGUGUGGCCGUCAGUCAGGGUACUGAGCCUGGCCAAGUCGUACGCUUCGAAACCAUUAACCUCAAUUCUUGUUCCUCCUGGUUCACUGAAAUUGGCUCAGCUGGUAAUCAGGUUGAUGCGAUUCAUGUCACUCAGUUGGAGAGAGACACUGUGCUUGUGUGCCUAGAUAAAAAUCUGAAGAUAGUGAAUCUGCAAGGAAAGCUCAAGUCUAAUAAAAAACUUGCUUCUGAACUCAGCUUUGACUUCUGCAUCGGCACAGUCGUGUGCCUGCAGGACAGUGUUUUGGCCUUCUGGAAACACGGUAUGCAGGGGAAGAGCUUCAAAUCUAAUGAGGUAACACAGGAGAUUUGUGACCCAAGCAGAGUGUUUAGACUGCUAGGAUCAGACAGGGUGGUGGUUUUGGAGAGCAGGCCCACAGAUAAUCCGACUGCUCUCAGCAACCUCUACAUCCUGGCGGGCCAUGAGAACAGUUACUAGCCUGUUAUUACGUAUAUGCUGAUAGUACUCAAUGACUUAGCCACUGCAGCUGCCAUUAUGGAUCCAUAGCUGCCUAGCAAUGGACUCCUCUCUGGCACUAUGCUUGGUGAGCAGAACUGUUCUCCUUUAAGAAACAGUUUAAAGGCAGUGAGUGAGUGCAGUGCUCCAGAUUGUGUCUUAUUAUAUCUCUGAAUGGUUUCUCAGAGCUGCCCAAUGCCAUGCAUCUUUCUGCCUCUGUUAUUGGCUAAUGGGUAUUUAAAUCAGACCAAACGCAGCAGUGUAAUGGUUCAGAUUCCAGCAAGUGUAAUAAAUAGCAGAGCUGCCCGCAAUACUCUUCAGCAACGGGAAUAUUAAACAACGGUGAUACUGCAAAAAAAAAAACGAUACUAUGAAGUGCCUUUUGUAGGGGACUGUUGGGUGUGCUUAACUAAACUCUUUAAGAAACAGGACCUCCUGUGUGUCUAACUCAGUAUGCAACUAAUGCAUGCUCAAAAUGAACUUUACCAUGUUAAUUCUCAUCUAGGGCCGGAAUUAAAUUUUUCAAACUGUUAUUGGGAGUAUUUACUAGGAAUGGGAUAUUGUAAGGAGAGUGAGGGCUUUUGGAGCAUCAGCUAUUUAAAUGUAAUUUAUUGAGCUGUAGCCACAUUGUAGUUUAAAUUAAAUGCUACCCAGAGGGCACCAGCUGCUCCUCUUAACCAGAGCAGAACUCAGCAUGGCUACAUCCUUAUUUUACUGCUAUGUAAUAAAGUCCCUCCUACUCUCACGCUUGGUUACAUUUUAGAAUGCGGUUAUGAUGUAAAAUGGUUAUCUUUUUUUUUUUAAUCUUUUAUUCAAUAUUUGCACCAUGUAAGCACUUUUGUACAUUGAUGUUUUUGUAUUUAAGAAUGACAAAACAUGGGAGAUGCUAGGUUUUUAUGACUUGCAGAGUAUUUCCAUGGCUUCAGUUCUAAUGUAUGCCGUUUUUGUAAUAAAAAAAGGACUGUUAAUGA